AUGGUUGUUGGUCUAUACUAUGAUCUUCAGUCAAAGAAGGCGAAGAAGACUGAUGAUGGGUCUUCGGGUACAAAGGUUAAGUCAUCAAAGAGUACGAAGCAGGUUCCUGUGAUCGAACUUGAGCCAAUUCAGCUGGAGCCUAUUAUUCCUGAUACCCAGGUAACUGAAAAGGAAGUCAUUCCUUCGAAGAUUGGUGGAUUGAGACGAAUCAAGAUGAAGUCGAAGCACAAGCGUAGAUCAUCUAAUAUGAAUGUUGUUCAAGAGGGUGAAACUAUUCCCGAUACACGUGAGACAACUUUGAUUAAACAUUCUUCUCAUGUGGAUACAUAUGUUAUUACACCAACCGAAGUUUCGCUUGCCAAUAUAGUUACUGUGGAGGCUCAAACUUCAGACAUUCCUAUAAACAUAUUUGAUAUGGAUAAAAAUGUCAUUAUGGGUGAGGACGAUUCGAAUAAAGCAACAAAAGGUUUUGGGGGAACUUUUGAGAAUCUGGAAUUUGAUGAGGAGGAAACUGACUUCCCGGAUCAUAUGCUCAUGACGAUGAAACAAUUCAAAAUCUUGAAUAUGAAGCUUAACUCUAUUAUUAAAUCUCAAGCUAUCUUGGGGGUGGUCAUUCUAGAAGAACAAAAGAAGACAACACGUUCGAAGAAGGUUGUUGCUGAAUCUUCUAAGAAAUCUGUCAAAGAAUUUACAUCAACAAAGAGUCCAAAGAAAGUACAAAUCCCAGAAGCUGAGCCAAUCCAACCAGAAAUUGUUGUUGCUGAUACCCCUUCAACUCAAAAGGAAAUCAUUCCUACGAAGACUGGGGUUUCGCAUCAAGGAGUCAUUUUUCAUGAGAUUCCAGCCCCUGCUUCACCGUCUUCUAAGAAGAGAAGGGAAACAGACAAAGCCAAAUACAUAUCUAAGAAGAAGAAGAAGGGUAGAGUGAAUAUUUCGUCAGAGUCUACUGCUGAUGAAAACGAAACAAUUCCAAAGACACUGGAAGCUGAUCUUUAG